GUGUAUUGCUACCUAUAAAAAGGACGCUGGAAUCGGCUAGACAUCCAGAAAACAAAAUUUUGUGCAAAACCUUGUGAAUUGUUGAGAAUAAUAUUUUUAAUAGAUUUGUACGAACGUGGACAACUUGUGUAAAACACAGAAACAUAUUUAAAGGUGCAACUGAGAUAUUUGUAAUUGCGUAAUUACUUAUAUUUUCGUUUGACAUGUCAGCACCUAAGGAUUAUAAAAUUUAUUUACUUAAUAAUGAUUCGGGUAUCGAAGAAAUUCGAAGAUUCAGUACUCAUGAGCAUUAUAAUUUCGAUUUAUUUUGUCAAAAAAUAAAAAAUCUUUUUCCCGACUUGUACGAUGGAAAUUUCCUCGUCUUAUGGAAAGAUGACGAAGGUGAUGAGAUUACUGUAUCAAAUGAUGAAGAGUUAAAAUCUGCUAUUAGAAGCAUGGUAACUCCGGGAGUAUAUAAAAUAUAUAUAAAAAGAACUUCACAAAAUAAGAAACAAGAAGCAUCACCUCCUAAAAAUGAAACAGUAAUUCAUCCUGGUAUAUGUUGUGACAAUUGUAAUGGUGAUGUACUUGGAUAUAGAUACAAAUGUAUCCAAUGUGAAGAUUAUGAUCUAUGUGCACAAUGUGAAGCAAAAGGUUUACAUCCACACCAUUAUAUGAUUCGUAUGCCACAACCAUUGCAAUGGUAUCACAGUCAAGGUUUAAUUUAUUGUUUGAGAAAAUUCCUCAGAAAGAGUAAUAUACAUUCAAAUAAGAAACAUGGCUCAAAUGAACAUUCAAGGAGAAAGAAAAAGUGUCAUGAAUUUGCACUUAAUUAUAAUGUUUUGCCUUGGUUGGAAGCUUUUGUGCCCUAUUUGAACAGUUUCAUUGAAACACAGGAUGAACCGUGUCCUUCUGAUAGUGCAGGUCCUUCACAAGAAACACCAAAACAGAAAGAUGAACAGAAUUCUAAAGCUUAUGUUAGAGUUUAUCAAACUGACAGUGAUGAUUUGGAUGUUGUUAUUGAAGUUGAUUCUGAUAAACCAUUAGAUUGUUCAGCUCACAACACUGAAAAAAGGCAAGAAUUUAAAGAAGAUGCGUCCACAAAUAAAAAUGAUUCCAACAAAUUUCCUGGUGAAGGAAGAAAAUUGAUUGAUAAGGCAAAAGAUGACAAAGCAUCUGUAUCAGAUACUGCAUCAAUCAUAAGUCAGGAUUCUAUUAUAAAGACCACAGCAGCAGAUGAAUGGACAAUUGUGGAUAAACAUGGAAGUUCUGAAAUCAGCCGUGCAUCCUCAGUUUUGUCUAAUUUAAAUGAAACUGUUGAAAAACAGACUUCCUCUGCACCAACAUCGCCGCCAGAAAGAAACUCCUCCGACAAGAAAAUUUACCCGCAACUACCAGAAGAAGCAAAAAUAUUUCAUUCAAAUCCAGCAAUUCAAACAGCUGUUGAGUCCAUGAUACAAAUGGGUUUCUCCAAUCAAGGCGGAUUGUUAACUUACUUAUUAGAAGCUGAAAACGGUAACAUUAAUAAAGUUUUAGAUUUGCUUCAGUCUACAAACAAGUGAAUAUUAAAAUUUAAAUAUGACUACAACAUUUAGAGUAGUUUACACUUGAUCGAUUUUUUUGGGUUAUAUAAAAACAGUAGUAAUGGUGUCAAACAUUCCGUUUAAUUUAAUAUAUUAGUUGGUAAACUAAUACAGCCUGAUUUAACACCAAAUAAAUUUGUUGUAUAAUGGUUUAAAAUAUAUGAACUAUGUAGUUCAGAAUAAUGGCUAAAUAAAUGUAACAAAUAUAAAAAAUAAAUAAAUUUCUUAGUAAUAA